ACGAGUCUCUCUCUAAGACAGUACUAAAAUCAUGAUGUCUUUUGUGCAAGUUAAAACUUAUCCGUCAAAAGGUUACCUUUUCAUUAAAUAUCUAACACUACUAAAAGGGAAAUAAGCAGAGCAUACAGGAAGCCACGUAGGAUUUUUUAUUUGGCCAAUCAGGUUCAUUCUUUAAAACACGUCAGACAAAUCGAGUAAGAGAUUUCGUGGGCCUGCUGAUUUUUCUUUGGGAGGGCGUACUGAUCUCGGUUUGGGCUUUAAUGGGUUGCGAUUCGGGCUUCGGUUUGAUUAUUCUGUAUCGCGUGAUGAGCCGACAUCUAAAGGUUACGCUUCUCCUCACCAUUAUCGCUUCGUGUUCUCCGAUCAAAAAAGAGAACCGUAUACUCCAGCGAUUCAAUCCUAAGCUAUCAAUAGUUCCGUUUCGAUCAAUCAAUACCCCCUUCAUUAUGAUUUCGUUUCACCUCCCUCUUUUCAUCCUCUUAUAUAAUUGAUCUUUCUUCUCCGUAGAAUGCAAAACCCUAGAAAACUCAGAUCUUAAGAUAUGGCGAUGAAACGACAUGGAAAGUCUCCUGCUUCCUCCGGCUCUGACGAAAAAGUGAUGUUCUUCAGAGAUGUCUCUCUAGGUCCUCAUGAAACCCGUCUGCGCUUUCGACUCAUCCAUUUUUGGGAGGCUCAGAACCCGGUGAAGAAGACCCUUAUUGGCCUGGAGAUGCUUCUCAUCGACGAGCAGGGAACUGUCAUUCAAGGAUUCAUCCCACCAGGACGUAUUAAAAAAUACUUGCCUGAGAUGAAGCGAGGUUCAGUUUACGAACUCAUCAACUUCUACGGAUCGAAGAACAAACCGAUGUACCGGGUUGCUGAUCAUAUCGCAACUGUGUCCUUCGCAUGGAACUCUGAGUUGUCGGUCCUUCACGACAUUCCAAUCCCUUUUGAUGAAGACCGUUUCAGGAUGCAUUCGUAUGAGGAUUUUGAGGCCAACUGUGAUCUGAAAGGUGACCUCUACGAUGUUCUUGGCCACAUGAAGCUGGUCGAUGGACAGUGUGUUACCGAGCGUCCCAUUAUUGAUGAAGCGAAGGUUGCUACAACGAGGCACAUCAUGAUUCAUGUGCAAUCACAUGAAGGACCUGUCAUGAAGCUCUACCUCUGGGACCAGACAGCAACGGAUUUUUGCAAGAAGUUUAAGUCCUCUGAAAAAACUCCCACAGUUCUUUUGGCCACAGCCGUUAACACUAAACGUCUCGGAGGUACCCUGGCAUUGAGUUCUAUGUCUCCUACACGGGUUUUCAUGGACAAUGAUGUUCAACCAACAAUUGAUUACCUAGCCUGGCUCUCCUCAAACCCUGAGAUUGCUAAGCAGGUUAGUGCAGAGGUGGUCACUAAGCGGGAGACGAUGACUAUAUCUGACAUAUUCUCUUACAUGACGAUGGAAUCUGCAAAGGAUGCCUUCUUUGAGUGCACUGCUACCAUUGAUGAUGUGGUUCAUGGAUCUGCUUGGUACUAUAUUGCAUGCACUGGGUGUCAUAGUAAGGCUACCAAAGGCGCAAACUCAUUGAUUUGCACGAACCCAAGAUGUGUGAAGGAUACCACAGCUGGAGUUGCACAGUACCGUGCAAAGAUUUCGGUUUAUGACAGCAGUGAACAAGGAUUUUUUGUCCUGCUUGGUGAUGCUGGUUUCCAAUUGACUGGGAGGCACGCAUCUGAGUUGGUCAGCAGCUACUUUGAGGCCAAUAAAGACAAAGGCCCUGACCAUGAAGUGCCUGUCCCGGAAGCUCUGAUUAGCAUAAUCGGACAGACCCAUAAGUUUUGUGUAAAAGUUACAGACCACAACUUCUCUGGCAACACCCGAGCUAUCACUGUCACCAAGAUCCUCCCUCCAGAGACACCAUCACCCACAGAAGCCUCUCUUGGAGACGCCAUUGCUGCAACGUCCAUGGAAGCAGUGCAGACUGGAAGUGAUAUGUGUGAGCCUUCAAACAGCCGUGGAGAUUCUGCAGAUGAAGAGGGUAAGAGAACGUUUGACAGUGUUGAUCCAGAGAAAGUCAAACGGGCAAGAUGUGAGAAAUGAUGAUUCAGUUCGAUGAUGCUUAUGUUUUUGCAUUGAACUUCAAGUAUUACGUUGGUUUUUGCACUUUUGCUUCAGUUUAAGUACUAUUUUGUUUUUAACAAGACUUUGCUUUGUUUCAUUUCAGACCUUGGCUUUUAAUCAAUUGAACUAUCCUUUCUAUAUAGUUUUCUCAUAUCAAUUAUUAUAAUGAUUUAGAUUCGUUUACAUAACCCAACUAAUUUAGCCUCAUAAAUAAUUCGCUAGAAUUGCUUAUUUCCAUAUCCUAUUUACUAUUUGAACUCCACGUAUCCAUCAUACACGCACAUCGCAUAGAAGGAAGAUCUUAGAAUAUGAUACAUUUUAUAAACUUCCUAAAAUCCCAUAUUCCAUAAGAUUCUAUAUUUAUGUUAAAAUCUCAUCUAAAUAGGAAAGUAAUAAAUACAUUCAACCAGUAAUUAUAAUCUUUGACUAUAACCUUUCAAAGGGAAUUGAAAAAAGGAAAAGUAAAUCAAACUCUUCCAAAACCCUUAUUCUCCUGCGGUAGAAAGGAGAAGACGUGAGAAAGACAUAGGCUCCAUCUGGUUCUUCUACAUUUCGAAGCAGCAUUCUUCUGGAAUCAGUUGGUGGUGCGGAUCUCUGUUUUAGCUGUAUGGAUAGCCUCCCCAAUAACCAGCACAUUGAAGUGCCAGGUAAAUACUAAAUCUCCUGAAUGUUUCUCUCAAAUAAAGAAAAUUAGAUGCAUUCAGUAUUGUUAUUAUGUUUUGGGUUAUAAUUAUUUUGUACCAAAGAGUAUGAACAUUCAAACCAUAUCUAACCACAAAUUGGUUUGGGUGGCAAUUCUACUCAUUCUGCAUAUAAAGUUGGUAACCUAGAUUAUAAUUCAAAAUUUUUUACAUACGAACUACCCUGAAACCUUUGUUAAUUCAGUAUAUGUUUUAUACACGUUUUUGAGAGAGUAAAUAGCACCAUGUCAUUGAUUGGGUUUUUUACUACGUGGGAAUUAUUCCUUAUGAAUAGAAGGGAUGAUUAUAUAGUCAAUGAUAUACAAUGGCUAUGUAAAUCAUGUUUCGUAAAAAACCAGUAUAUUGUAUGCUCAGUGUCUUCGUUUAUACAGACAAACUUUAAUUAUUUAGAUAACUAUAACCAUAUACUUAAAUAUCACGAAUGUUAGUUUCAAUUUUCCACGAAUAUAAUAUACUUAUUAGUUUCCAAGUCUUCAGAAUGGUAUCUCUCGAGUUUUUUUUUCUACUCGAGUCUUACGGAAAUGAAAGUUAAUUAUAUAUACAUACUUAACUUACAUGAUAAGUAUCGUACAUAUACCGUAUUUGUUAGUUUAUUCAUUCAGGAUUUUUUUGAAUAUUGUUGUCUUACCGUUGUAUUCAAUAACUUUUAUACAUAGUUUUUUUUUGCAAAUUUACCGUUUUAUAGAGAUUAAACCAAAAACUCAAUAUUCUAAUUUAAAUAUUUUAUUAACCGGAAGAAUUAAUUUGUUUCUGAUCUUGCGUCCAAAUCUGUACAAUAAUAUUUCUAUAUUUUCUGUAUUUAUAAAAUAUCAUAAACAAUUACAUAUAUAAAAAAAAAGUCUGAGUCCUGAAUUUUUGAAAAUAAAUCCAUGUGUGUAAUAAAUAUAGUUAUAAAUUCAUGUACCUUAUUACAAUUUUUAAAUCAAAUGUUUUUUAGUGACAUCUUCAUUGCAACACAUUCCCCAAAGAAUUCACGAACUUCAUGAAGGAGUUUCAGUACGUCCUAUCAUAGUAUGUAUAAGAAAUGUUUGGGACAUCAAAAAACACCAAACAGAUAAUACUCGAACUUCCAUCGGCUUCCUGUGCUACGACCACCACGUAAGCCUUUUCUAAAUAUAUAUAUUUGUUUUCCAAUCCCCAUAUUUGAUUUAAAUAACUCACUGCUUACUUAGUUGGAUUGGCACACCAAAAUUUGUUCACACCCAGGGACAACUAUUAGAAGGUCGGGUCACCGGAGACAUUCAGCCAGAUGAUCCAAAAAACUUAAUCGAAGGAGAUACAUAUGAGUUCUCGAGAUUUUCUGUCAUCCAUAAUUCACGACAACGAAAACUCACCCAACUGCCUUACAAUAUUCAGAUUAACCAAAAGACGAUAGCAUUGAAUGUUACACUCGAUGGUCCGAUAUUUUCAGUUCACAGUUUAUCUCCUCAGAAAUACAGAAAUCUAUUGCGGUUGGCCAGUUCGCCCACACACUUACCAGGUAAAUAUGGCAUCUCAGUGUUAAUUAAACAAAUAUGUAUAUUUAUUCUAAAAUAAAUGUGCAGAUGUCGUCGGACAGAUAGUCAUAAUACAAAAAAUAAAACCUCACCACCCAGAACUCAAUAUUGAUGCCACGAUUGGCCUACGGCUGAACAGGUUAGUCUAACACAAUAGUUAACAACAAAAUAAUUAUUAUCUUCAUACCACACCUCUAUCUCAGGUCAACGAUUGUUAAACUCAUAUUGUGCAACAAGCAAGCAGCAGAUUUUAGCAUCCUACAAAGCAAGAAGGAUAGAAAAUUUAAAGUUAUGAUCGUCACAAGCUUAAUUCCUAAACUAAUCCAAGGUAAAUAAUUCUAUAUAAAACAGCAAAAAAUCAUACAUAUAUAAAUUUUUUUUUAUCACCAUAAUAAUAAUAUCCAAUAUUUUGCAGGCAAGCUUAUACUCCAUUCAACACCAGCAACAAUUUUCUACUUCAAUAAAUCAAUUGAUUACAUAAAGCAUUUCAAAAGGCGAAUAAGAGAUUACGCAAAAACAUGCAGCACGGAGUGACCCUAUUUCAUGCAUCAUUCGGAUUAUUAUUAUCUCUCUCACAAAAUUGAUACCUAGAUUUAUUUUCAUAUAAAAUUGUUUUAUGAUUCCUUUCCUUUAAAACCCUACUUCUAUAUAAUAAAUUAAAAAAGCGAUGUCUAGAUGUGAUCGAGCAAAAAAAGGAAUAAUAGAUCAUGAAAUUUCAAAUAGAUUUUAAAGACCUUUAAUUUAUAUAAUAUUACAAAACUCUAAAUUCUUUUAUUAUAAUUAAAAUUUUACCAACAUAUAUAUUAAAAUAAUAUUCUGGAACGAUAUUCAACUGUAAGUUUUCAACAAUUACACGUUAAAAAAAUAUUAUUAAGUAUGUUUCGUUUUCCGAAAAUGGGAUGUUUAUAUAUUAAAUAGGUUAUUGGAGUACUUUUUCUUUUGCUGAAUUUAUUCGAGAUAAGACUCCGACCUUUUGAAAUAAGAGAAUUUAUGUUAUAUACAUAAUUAUAUUUAUUACAAAACUCUAAAAUCUCAGACUUGAUUCAGGACUUACAGCAAUUCAUAAUUUAUUAAUUAAUUGUUGUAAGAAGAAUUUAUAUACUUAUUUAAAACCUUAAAGUAACAUAACAUCACCAACUCUAUUAAUACAGUGUAAAAUAAAUACUACAAAACUUUUGAUAAUAUUAGAACUUCAAUAAAACAUCUGAUAAUAUGUGUAUAUAAUUUUAUUUAUGUACAUAUACAUGCGGUGUAUUCUGAAAGUAUAAAUACAUGUAUUUUUCUACAUAGUUGAAAAUGAUGUAGUUUAUGACUUUGAGCUAUUUAAAUUAAACUUCGUUGUUUUUAAUAUCUAAAAUAAAAUAUAAUUAACAUAAACUAAUUAAGUCUUACUUAUAAUACAAUUCCUCAUCUUUACUCAUUUGAAUUCAUUUUGUUUCUGUUUUUUUUUUAAGAAACCAAUUCAAGUUCUGAGUAUAUGAAAUUGUUAAGUUUAAAAUGAACUAUAUUUUUGAUUAGGAUCAAUACUGAGCUUCUAUUCUUAUUUGUAUGUUUGUAAAUUAGGUUAUUCAAAAAUUAGUAUGGAUUUAUUUAUAUAUAAUCUAUUAAAAACGAAGUCAUGAUACCUUUAUGUCUGAUUUUUUCUAUUUGAGAGAUUCUUAAAAUAUUUAUGGAAUUUUACAUAACUUAGUUAUAAUAUUUUUUUUUGUUUAGAAUAUUUAUAAAUAUCCUAAGAACAAUGUUUAACCACAUCUUUCAAACAUUUUUAAAAAUGUUUUAAAGUAAUAUUUUCGAAAUAUUUUUUUUUUGCAACUGUCCAAGUUGAAACAUCUUUCUCCAAUAAUUUUAAUUCAUAAUCCAUAACUUCCCAAGACCACGAAAUGUUUUACAAAAUAUGUAACUUAUUUUCCAUUAAACCUAUAUUAAUUUUUUAUUAGAAAACUUACAUCUUGCCAACUAUUUAACCCCCUGCAUCAUGUAUCUAUUGUACAACUCAUCCAUAUAUCUAGACAACUCCACUAAUAUCUAACCAUGAGUCUAAUUUCUUGGAUAGUAAGCCACAAAACGUCACAAAGUCUAACAUCACCAAAAAGAAGCAUCACCAUGAAAAUAAAGAGACGAAACACACAACAAACGAAGAUCGUGAUCUCUAUUGACAUGAAGACAACAAGUAGUGGUUUUCUAACACACGAAACAGCACGCAAUAUGGAAUAUAUGCUUGGUUACCACGAGAUCGAUUUUGACUCGAUUACUGAGAUAAUCGAGGAGGCUUCCGACAUUGCCGCACGCAAUAUCCCGACACUCAAUAAUCCCACCAAUAUUGAUUUUGAUAUAAUUGUUAAAAUAAAUGAUCUUAAUCCAGACUCUGUCCGCAGAAUUGACCUGGACGUUUAUAUCACUGAGCUACGGGAUAACCGAAGGGAGACAACUCCUAGCGAAAGAGAUGACAUAUGUCCAAUCUGUUGGGAAGAGUUUGGCACCGAAUUGGAUAUCAACUCUUUGAGUUGUAAUCAUACCUACCAUCAUCACUGCAUCUCAAACUGGGUUGAAAAAACUUUAACUUGCCCAUAUUGUAGAGCAUUACUUGCUUAAUACACAAUAGAUCCAUUACUCAUCUAAUAAUUGUUUCCCCCUGUUUUAAAAUUUUAAUUGAAAAAAAUAAUAAAAGUUAUAAUUGAAUUGCAUCCGAAGAGAAUUAUAAUUAUUACUAUGUAUAAAUAAAGAUGUGUCGGGUUUUAAUUAGGAAAAUGGUUUCAAAAGUGAUACUAUGAUUUGUAUUUGUAUAAAAUUAAGACAGACCCAUAUAUAUUGUUUUAGUUCGGAAUCAUUUUUAAAAAACCUGCUAUUACUAUUUCUACUAUAGCUGGAAUGAUUAACAUCCCAAAUCAAGUUGUUAUAAUACUACAAAUACAACAGUUAUUAUAAACCAAAGAUAAUAAUUAAAAUGUACUAACAUCACCAAAACCAUAUUACGUAAUUAUGAAGAUCAAUUCAACCUUAGCGAAUAUGUCAAAAAAUUAACAUCCAUCUAUAAAUGCUCAUUAAAACCAACAUUAAAAGAAUUAUAUGCUCACUAAAUCAAAUAGCCUCAAUUAUCCUCCAAAGUAUUAUUAAAUUAUAAAAAUUUAUAGAAACAGAAAAUAUAGAUAAACUUAGUGUAUUAUUAUAGUUAAUUUUUUCAUUUCCUACCAGCUUAUUUUGGCAAACCCAAAAUUACAAUCGUUAUUAAAUCGAUAGAAUUUUUUUUGAUAAUUUUAUGUUCUCAAAAUUAUUAUAAGAGGAUGAAAAGAUCCAAAGAGAGAAAAAAGAACUAUACAAUUUUUUGGUUCCAGCCCCUACUUUUUCUAAAAAAACUUCUUCCUCCCAUAUUAAGCAGUUGCAAAUGCAUUAUAUAACUUAUUUGGUUAGGAUCUUCUACAAAAAACUUUUUAAAUUAGUUCACAAAUCAAGUUCGCUCACACCCUCAUGUCGCACCAUUAUAAAUCCAAUAUCUCACAUAACAAUAACUUAGAUACGUUGACUUAAAAACUUCCGCUAACAUAGAAAUUUCAGCGAAACUGAAAAACUUUUAAUAAAAAACUCAUAAAAUUAACGUUCAGUAAUAAAUGCUCAUUCACAGCAAAGUUAAAAGACAAAAUAUCAUAUAUUCAAACUCACUCUAUUUACCACAUUUCAACAAAGACUUUUCCAACCCAAAUACCUCAACAAUGAGUGACAUACCACUUAUAUCUCAUCGAAACUCACAUCAAAGAAGAUCUACAGGUUGAAACCCCAAGCAACCCCUUCAAAUUUAUUUGAAUAAAAAUUAUUUUAUUUGAAAUCACAUGUUACUACACAUUUAAUAUUUUUUAACAUAAAAUUCAAUAUUCUAAAUUAAAUUUUUAAAUAACAGACAAAUUAAUUUAUUUUUAAACUCGAGACCAAAUCCGUACAAUAAUGUUUCUAUAUAUUCUGUAUUUAUAAUAUAUCAUUAACCAUAUUUUGACUAUUUGGAAAGCAAAGGCGCUGUCUAGACGUGAUUGAGCAAGAAAAAUGAAUAAUGAAAGAUGAAAUUUCAAAUCUAUGGAGAAAAUAUAAUUAUAUUUUUUAAUUACAUAAUAGUUUUUUAAAGAAAUAGUUAGUGUAAAAAUAAAACUAAAUCAGAUAUGCUCAACACAAACAGACAUAAAAAUAAGACAUGAUAUUUGGAUAUAUUUAAAUAAAUACUUUCAAAUAUAUUAAAUUCUUGAUAAUUUUCAAAUUAAAUAAAC